CCCGUGCCGACCAUUGUUUUUUGUGACCACCGGUACCUUAAAAGCCGCAAAAAUUUGGGAAAUAAUGGAUCCGUCCGGUGGGCGCGAUUCGCGCUACAAUCUGAACUACAGUAUGAGCAUGAUGAGCGAAUCGCCAGAGAUCUACGGCAACCCGAACGUGUCUCUGGCGCGCCCACCGAGUGGUGGUUUGGUCGGGCAAGUGAUGUCCCGCGGCGGGACCGGCGGAACGGGCCUGAUGAAUGCCAACGGUCCACAGUGCGGUAGUGGUGGUGGCGGUGGCGGUGGUGGUGGUGGCGGUGGCGGUGGUGGUUUGUCCCGCGGAAUUAAGCGCACCAACUCGGACUGCUACGACGAUCGGCAACAGAUGGUCGGUUCGCAGAACAUGACCGGUCUCGAUGGAUGCACCGUCGGGUCCGAGGUGGUGGACGAAAGCUACACCUCACUGCAGCCGAAAAAAUCCCCACCAAGCAAUGGCAAAAAGACGAAGGGUCGUGUUAAGAUUAAGAUGGAAUAUAUUGACAACAAAUUACGACGGUACACGACGUUUUCUAAGCGCAAAACCGGCAUCAUGAAGAAGGCGUACGAACUGUCAACGCUAACCGGCACGCAAGUGAUGUUGCUGGUGGCUUCCGAAACCGGUCACGUGUACACCUUUGCGACACGCAAGCUCCAGCCGAUGAUCACGUCGGAGGCGGGCAAGGCACUCAUCCAGACCUGCCUGAACUCGCCCGAUCCGCCGACGGGUUCAUCGGGUGACCAGCGCAUGUCCGCGACCGGCUUCGAGGAGACCGAACUCAGCUACAACAUCGGCGACGAAGAUUCCAAAGAUGAUCGGUCGCCGAUGUCGUCCGGAAGUGAGUCGGACGAAUAUUCGCCACCGGAAUCGCCCCCUCCAGGUCUUAGCAGUAAAACUAGCAAUAGUAACAAUGCCAGCAGUAGUAAUAAUCAUCACCAGCAAGGUAGUGCGAAUGAAAAACCCUCUACCAGAAGCGGAGGAUCACAGAAUCCCGGUAGCACCGUACCAUCCAGUGCAGCCGGAAGCUCUGCGACCAACGUGCUGUCAGCUAAUGCGGCCACCAUUACGGCAAUCCAGCAGCAAAUACAGCAACAGCAGGAAGCACUGCAACAGCAAAUUCAACAUCGUCAGCAGCAGCUACACCAGCAGAAACAGCCAUCAAAGUCCGGCAGAGCAAAGUCCUCGUCGGUAAAGGUGAAACAAGAGCCAGCAGCAGUGGCAGUAUCGCCGACAGUAUCGGUGACAACAACCGCUGCUGCUACGUCUUCAACAGUAGUUGCUGCAGCAACUACCAGCGGUGCGGCUCAAAUAACGAGCAGCAUCAUCUAUCCGGCAUCGGCACUGAGCAGCUUACCGCAGGAUGUGCUGAUCAAUCUGCUUCAAUCGGGUCAAAUACAGCUGCAUAGCGAAGGUGGAACACAACAGUACGUCACCAUACCACUGCCCCUGAUGCCCGGUAAAACGGCAACCAAAUCAAACUCCAGCUCGUCUAACGGGCAGCAAAAAUCUUCGAGUGCCAACUCAACGUCCUCUACGUCCUCUUGCUCAUCUGCUCCUGUUACUUCGACACGCGCCGGAAGCGGCUCGUCCCGGCGGAACCAAUCGGCCGCUUCUACUAUUAAGACUGAAGUGAUCGAUUAG